AUGCUUCGCAAUGAGGCGAUAGAGUGGGUGGCCGGCGCACGGAUCCGACCAUGGGUGGUCGUUGCAUUGUUGCAACAUUUGAUCGACUUGCAGCAUCCAAUGUGUGACAAUCACAUCUCCCCGGAGAAAGCAAAAGAAGAAGUGAAACAACGUGUCACAAAUAUAUAUGGCACGGAAGAGACAAUGCCGCUCGGGGAAGGCAUUCCCGAAGACAUGCCUGUGGCCGCGCCACUCUCGUCGGCCCAAGACAGCCAGAAAGCGCGACCCACCAAGUCUUCGCGCUCGCGUCCGGCAGCGCCAAAGCAAAGCCCACCAGCCAGUGCACGGCACAGUGGCCAAGCCUCAAAGCCCGUUGCAGAGGCACGUCCCGACGCAAAGCUGUCAAAGGUAGCCGUAGACACUGCAAGUGGCGACCAUAGCAUCGUCACGACCGACGACCAUAGCCUCGUCGUGGGUGCGCGGCUACUGCCUAGCGAGCUUUCUCGUGAUCCGAGUCAGAGCCAGCACGCACUUGCACACACCACAGUCUCCACCACACCAACCGAGCUCUCAGUUGUGGCCUCCGACAACGCCCAGAGCAUCGCUCGGGGCGCACCGAUUGUCGUCGCAGCCGACGACAACCCGUGCAUUGCCGUCGUCGAGACCAGCCGAGCUGCGCCGCCGCAGAAGCAUGCGACGCCAGAAACGGCGGCGUCCGCAGCACUGGAUGGCAAUGCUCGGAAAUUUGGAUUGAGUACUGCUGGCCGGAGAAAUGCUUUAGGUACAAUUUUGGAUAAGCGAGAAGAUCCUUGGUUAUCCGGCACAAUGUAUGCCUUUACGCUCAUGUUGUUCGGCAACUCGCACACUGCGGUGAACUUUCGGGUUCCUUUGAGUGCUGCCUCCCAUGACGCAGAGUGUGCCCGCGGAUGUCUCGCACACAAUUUACUCCCGAAGCUACAACGCGCCAUGGCACAAGCAGCUCGCCGUUCCACACGAUACUUCACAGGCUACUUGCAAAAGCCCCAACCAUUGGGUCGGAAAGAGUUACAGAAUGCAGCCAAACAGUUGCAUUUCUUAGAAACCGCUGCCGCAGACGACCCAGCUGCGCAGCAGCGGAAAGUCGCACAUCGAGUGCUUGGGGACCUUGAAUUUCGUUGCUCCACCCGGCCCAUGACCGAAGAAUUCACGUUGGCCGGUUUCGAGGCCGACGCAAUAGAGCCUCCGUCCAACCGAGACAAGGUGGAAGUGGAUACAUCUUGGGUCAGCAACGAAACCAUUCAUCGGCUAAUCACCGGAGUCGGUUUUGAGUACUCGAAACGUUCCAGUGCCGCAGCCCAUGAAAUUAUCGAGGAAUGGAAAAUUGACUCGGAAGACUACACCGCAUCCCUGAAACCCGUCAACACAGGCGUGCCCAACAUCAAGCCAGAUCACAGCCAGAGCAUCGCUCACGCCCAUACCCAGUCACCUCCAGAGCAGUUUUUGACGUGGACAUAUGGCAACUUGACGUCCGAAGCCGCGGAAGCCUGGCUCACCAACUUGCAAAGUUCCGACGGCCACUGCCGACCCACCGGCGAACAACUGAAGUUUUUACGCGCUGUCAUCCAACGCUGUCUGCGAGAGGCCACCGAAGAGCACGCGGGCACGGCCGACACCGAGCCCUUGCGAGCCAUUUUCCAUGGCGUGCCGGGGGCCGGCAAAAGCCAAACUCUCAAGUGGCUACGCAGCUUUUUCGAGGACAUUUGCCACUGGGAGCAUCAGCACCAAUUCGUCUUCCUAGCUCCGCAGAACACUCAGGCCGCGCUCAUUGGCGGUGUCACCCUCCACGCCUUCGCGAACAUCCGUGUUCGAGCCAAGAAGGCCUCCCCGGGCAGCGCCCACACCACAGACCAAUUCGUCAAGUAUCAACGUUUACGUUGGAUCUUAGUUGACGAGACUUCGACCGUCGGUCUCGAAAUUCUUGCCACGGUCGAAAAAAAACUUCAACAAUCGAUCCGAGACAAAGAUACUUGGAAGCUUCGGCCCGGCGGAGAAAAACGGCCGUUCGCAGGUCUGAACUUGAUCCUGACCGGUGACCUUUGGCAGUUCCCCCCGGUGAAAGCCACCGCCAUUUUCCAAAACCCUUUCGGGGAAAAUGGAAGGUUUCAAGUUGCAGCCCUGCAGAAACUGUUUUGGACACGCGGCGCAAAGGCUAUGCAACACCUAUUCGAGCUGACCACAGAACAACGCUGUGAAGACCCAUGGCUCAGUGUCGUCCUGCAACAUGCGCGCCGCGGAAGCAUGACUCAAGAAAUUUGGUCUUUUCUCCAUGGAUUUCCGACGUUGCACGCAGGCACCUGGAACUUCAAAACCCACACGGUCGAGUGCGGGCAGACAACUUGCGCCGACCUGCACUUGCAAGCUGCAGCCCUUCACAAGCAACCGCUUGAAUGCAAGCAGUGUCGAGCCGAACGCCAACGUCGGUGUCUUGUAGGCAAAGAUCAGAAAAGCCCAAAGUUUCUCAACAAUCCCUUUGUGCAUGGACUCAACGCAGCGAAAUACAUAGCCGCCAACCUUCGCGCUCGCCAAGUGGCAGCCACCCGGAGAGAAAAACUACUCUGGAUAGUAGCCCAAGAUACACCACUCUUUCACAUCGAACCUCCCGAACUACCAGCCCGGCGGGAGAAUUGGUUGCAACGCCACGACCAGUCCACAGGUGGCGUCGUCGGUUUGUUGCCCUUGCUGCAAAACAUGCCCGUCCGAAUCACGCAAACCUUGCCAGAACUCAAGGCAUUUGGACUCUUCAAAAAUACUCGAGGCACACUUUGGAAUUGGACGCUACAUGAGGCGGACGCUGAUGCAGCGUCGCAGAGCGAUGCAGAUAACAUCGUCCUUCAAAAAAUGCCUCUAGCUCUGUACGUCCACGUCCCCGGGCAAACGUGGCAACAACAUGCACAACUGCCCCCAGGAGUUGCUCGCUUAGAGGCCGUGACACAAACAUGGUCCCUGGAGACCAACGGUAAAGCCACAGUGUCUCGACGGGGUUUCCCCCUAGCCUGCGAUUUCGCAGGGACGGCGCAUUCCUUCAUGGGCUCCACCCUAGAAGCCUGCACGCUUAAUCUCGGCCACUGGGAUUCCACCGCGUCCCGCGAGGCUCAACUGAGCGGCUACAUGUGCUUGUCCCGAGUUCGAAAAGCCGAAGACUUGUGUAUAGCCCAACCCUUUUCCCCCAACUUGUUCACCAAUGGGGAAUUGAUAGGUUUUACCUACUUGGAGCUGCGCAGAGUGCCAAGUGAAGCCUUGCAGCCAGUGCGGUCAGCCAUAGCAGAUACCUUGUGCGUGCAAUGCCGCUAUCCGCCGUGUGACACUUGUGGUCGGCCACGACCACGCGAAAGUCGCUACCACGUCGCAGUUGUGGCAGCGUGGAAUUGCGCAGAGUGCCAAUCACUGCGAAACUAUCCCCCGUGCGACCAGUGCGGUCGGCCACGGCCAAAAGAAACUCGCUACCAUGUUGACGUUUUAGCUCAUUGGAUCUGUGCAGAGUGCCGCGACAAGCACCAGCAUGGCGUGCCAAGGAAGAGGCGUCGAAAAGUGUAG